AUGCACACAAUUAUUGAUCACUUUACGCGCGUACCAUGGACAACGAUCGUUCUGGGCAAGUUAUCCACUGCCUGGAACGCUGUCCUGCGGUUUCUCAGCUCUGCUCUGCGGUUCUGGAAUCGCAGCUCGAUCACCCAGUCAUGCCAGUACCCUCUGACCUACGAGCAACAAGAGGCAAGGAACGACGAGUUUGUCGCGCGCAUCAACAAGGACGCCAUUGCCACUCUUGUAUCUCGACACUGCGAGAAGCCGUGCCAGAUCAAUGACUUUAAGCGCGGCAGCUUCAACGUUUGCUUUUUCGUUGGGGUCCUUCAGGGCGACUCACAAUGGACGGUGCGGGUCCCGAUCGAGCCCGCCGUCCAUGACACCUGGGGCAAGAUUCAAAACGAGGUUGCCACGAUGCAGUAUGUCCGGGACAGGACUACGAUCCCGUUACCUGACGUCCACACCUGGGGUCGCGAAGCCCUCACUCGGGACCUGUCUACGCGACAGGCAUACGUCAUCCUCGAAUACGUGCCCGGCCGGCCCCUCAACACAUAUUCGUUGGCGAAAGAUACCAGAGACCGACGCGACUAUGUAUAUUCGCAACUGAUUGAUUUCUUCGCCCAGAUGCGCCAGCUCGAGCUACCCUCCGCAGGGUCAUUGAUGCCAGAUUCGAAUGGUGGACCAGAUCCUGUCAUUGGCCCCUUUCUCUCUAGGCACAUAAACGAGCUGCAAGUCCAACGGCCAAAGGUUGCUACUCCUUCGGCACCAUUCACCUCGACGGAAGACUUCGUUCUCCAUCAACUCAGUCUCAUAGAAGAAGCUAUCAGGUUGCCAUUGGGCGGACAAUCCUUCAAAGACGCGCAGCGUGAAGUAUUUGCGCUAGAGAACCUACGUCAGGUGCUUACCAAGUCCAUCCAGGUAAACGCGCGGAAUGACGGCCCAUUCGUCUUAUGCCAUCUGGAUCUCAGAGGUCCCAAUAUCAUUGUGGACGAAGAUCUCAAGUUUAUGGGUAUCCUUGACUGGGAAUUCACCGGUUCUAUCCCAGUCGAGCACUUCAUACCGCCCUUUUGGAUCGCUGGAAAGGACCUGACGUAUGCGACAGGCGGGGAGUAUCGUACAGAGUUCACCCAGUUCCACAAGAUUCUCCUGGCUAAAAGCGAAACAUCAGACGUUCAUCGCCGGCUCGCCGAAGAGUGGAAUGCCGACUUGCCGUACGGUAUGAGGCUGCCCAUCGCCGAGUUGUUACACCACCAUUCUCAGCUGCUCAGCAUCUUCUUUCAAGCCAUUUAUCCCCAGCUCUUUCAAGGACCGGAGAAGGAAGUCGUUGCUGCGUUCUUCGAACGAGGCGAGAAUCAGGCACUUGCUCUAGAGGUGCAGCGCCAGUUCGAGAGUUCCGAGGCGUACACGCAGUACCUCAAAAUCAAUAAUUGGUUCGAGCCUGAUGACCAAGAGGAAAUCGCUCGUGCUGCACUUGUUCAACAGAUAGAACAGCAGAUGGAAAAGCUCAAGAAGUUCAAGACCACGAAACAUUGA